AAAACAUUCUUCCACAUUGUCCUUUGAAGAUAACUUAAAUAAGUACUUUUGCACGAGCUCUUGAAUGUUUUAUGAUCACAGCUUUGCUACUAACUACUCUAUCAAACUUCAAUUGUUUCAGCUCACCUACUAAAAGUGAUCUUACUUCUUAUCCAGUAGUUAGUUAACGGAUUACUCUUUGUUUAAUCCAUCUUAUUCUUAUAGUUCAUAUCUCACAACGUUCCCCCCCUACAAAUACCUUACCAUCUCUUGCAGUAGUCUUCAUCACAAACAAUUCAUUCAGCAUAGCAUAAACCAAAUCAGCAUUCAAGAAAGAAGAGCUGAUACAAAUUAACUAAAUGGCGCCAGCAUUAAGAUUGCUACUAAUCUCUUGCUUCAUUUUGUGCUGCGCAAUUUCGUCGCAUUUUGCAACUGCACUUAGCACAAACUACUAUGACCACACUUGCCCGAAUGUGGAUUCAAUCGUCGCAAAAGUGGUUAAGAAAGCCAUGCUGAAUGAUCGAACCGUUCCAGCUGCGCUGCUUCGAAUGCACUUCCAUGAUUGCUUUGUUAGAGUACGUAAUUAAUGACCUUGCUGGAAUUUCUGAAAUGUACAUAUAUAUAAUAUGGUCACUUUGCAUAUCUUGUUUUUUUUUUCACAUGACUCAGGGAUGUGACGCUUCUGUUCUGCUAAACUCCACUUCCAAACAACAAGCUGAAAAGGAUGGACCUCCAAACAUUUCAUUGCAUGCGUUCUAUGUCAUUGAUCUUGUCAAAGCAGAGCUCGAAAAACUCUGUCCCGGAGUUGUUUCCUGCGCCGAUAUUCUAGCCUUAGCUGCCAGAGAUGCUGUAGCACUUUCCGGUGGACCUAGUUGGAACGUGCCGAAAGGUAGGAAAGAUGGAAGAAUUUCAAAGGCCUUAGAUACCAAACAACUGCCUGCUCCUACAUUCAACAUAUCACAAUUGCAGCAAAGCUUCUCUCAGAGAGGCCUUUCUAAUGCUGAUUUGGUGGCCCUUUCAGGAGGACAUACUUUGGGAUUUUCUCACUGUUCAUCCUUCCAAAACCGGAUCCACCACUUCGACAAGACCCACGAUGUGGAUCCCUCAUUACAGCCAUCAUUUGCAGCAAGCUUGAGGAAAGUUUGCCCUGCCCACAACAAGGUUAGAAGUGCGGGUUCAAUCUUGGAUUCCACUGUAACAACGUUCGACAAUGCAUACUACAAAUUGCUUCUCAUGGGAAAGAGCAUUUUCUCAUCGGAUCAAGCCUUGUUGACCACUCCUUCAACUAAAGCGCUUGUUGCUAAAUAUGCCAAUUCUCAAGAAGAAUUCUUUCAAGCCUUUGCUAUUUCCAUGAUCAAGAUGAGCAGUAUUAGUGGGAAUGGACAAGAAGUUCGCCAUCACUGUAGAUUUGUCAAUUGAUCCAAUGUUUUUCAUCACCCAUUACUUUCUUCCAUUGGCUAAAUUGUUUUUUAUUUUUGUUUGGUUUUUUUUUUUUGGAUUGUCAUCAUUCAUUGAUUGAUUUGUUACGGUGGAAUGAGAUCAAUAAUUUAUAAGCAACAUUUGUGUAAUUGAUUUGGUGAGGAGAUUAAUGCAGUGUUUUUGUUUUGCUUUUCAUUCUGGC